AUGGCACUGACGAGAGCCUCCAAAGUGUGCUUGUUAUUGCUUAUGACAAUGUUCAUAUUUUCAUCAGCUGAAGUUGGCCAGCUUAAAGAAACCAACAUGACAUUCUACCUCCAUGAGUGGUCCGUCGACCUAAACUUUACCGCCGUCACAACCGCCACAAACGUCACGAACGCCACUGCCAUACCGGUCACCGGCAUCCCGGGAUUUCCCUGGACACUCACCACCUUCGGUACCAUGUUUUGCGCAGACGACCCAAUAACAGUGGGCUUCGAUAAAACCUCGGCUCAGAUUGGACGGGCCCAAGGCAUAUUUGUGACCUCGGCAUUGGACGGGUCCAGUACACAUGUCUCGGCAUCAAUUGUAUUCACCAAUGCAACCUACAAUGGUAGCACAAUAGAGAUACAAGGUGCUAGUCACAAUUAUCAGAGUGUCAAUGAGGUGGCGGUGGUGGGCGGCACCGGAAUAUUCCGGUAUGCGAGGGGUUACGCUACCUUCCAGACGGUUUACCAGAACAAAGCAAAUUGGUACGCGGUUGCUAAGUGUAACGUGACUGUGCUACAUUAUUAG